AUGCCACCAAAACGCAAACCGAAUAAAUCCGCCGGGAGGCCCCGCCCAGCUGCUGUAGCCACCAAGCCCGAGGAACCCGCUCAAUCUGCAGAAGUAGCAGCUACAGCUCCAACUGCAGAAACCCCUCCACUACCACCACCCAACUCAUCCGAAAACCCACUCUUCCUACCGGGCUACAGCGACUCCUCCUCCGACGAUGACAAUGACAACAAUAGCAAUAACGGAUCAAUAGAAAUUGUCUCCCCCCCUCCCCCUCCUCCCACCGAUCCGCUACUACAACCCACUCCAAAACCAACCACAGCCCAACCACCACACCCGCCACCUCGCAACGAAGACGACGACACCUCCGGCGGAGAAGACACCACUGACGAAGACCCUGUUGUCCAAACGUACGACAUACAGAUCACCACCUCGCAGCUCCGCGAUCUCUACAUCUUCCAGUACCCCGUACGACCUCGCGAGCAGCCGUACACGAAGGCGCGCAACGCAUGUCCCAUCGAAGCGCGGUUCAAGCCAAAGUCUGGACUUGUGGAGGUUGACAUCCCGGUUAACGUGCAGGUGAAUUACGAUGAGGAGAAGGGGCGUGUGUGGGGGGACGUGAUGCGGAAGGCAGAGAAGGAGGCUGGUAAGGUGCAGGGCGGUGGUGGUAGAAGUGGUAGAAUUGGCAGUGUGGGUGGUGGGGGGAAGAAGAGGAAGAUUUUACGGGGGGAGGAUGAUGAGGGAGAGGAGGAGGAGGAAGAGGAGGAUUUAAUGUAUAUGGAUCUUGCGGCCGCGGUUAAAGCUAGACGGAUACUUAAUCGCCAGACGCUCGGGAGUAAGAUCCAGCCGGAUGGGACGAAGUAUAUGGCUGGGGUAUUCAAGGAUGACAAGCUCUACCUAACACCUAUAACCUCUACCCUCCAACUCCGCCCCCAAUUCCGCCACAUAGACACGCAAAUCGAUCUAGAGCGCGCCGCGAACAAAGCCCUCCACCCAGUCAAGCAAGAAGCGCGCGCAAUCCAGCUCUCGGUCAAGAACUCUGAGGACCCCUCGUCGCAGCUGAGCAGCAGUAUGAAAGCGGUGCGCCUGGCGGAAGAGGAGAACUGGACGAAACUGCACUGGGUGGAUCAGGAUACCGACGAUGCCUGGGGGGUUUAUGAGGAUGUGUGUUUGACGGCGGAAGAGGUGGGGGAAGAAGGGAAGGUGAGGGAUGGGUUGCUAAAGUGCGUUACGACAAAGAAGGAGUAUAUUGAGUGGUUGCGUGCUGGCAAACCGAUUGUCAAGAAGGAGGGUGGGGGGAAGUAGGGGUAUUGGGAUGUAUUGGGGGCAUGAUAUGAUGUGUGCUGGGUGUAUUUUUUUUGUAUCAUACCGGCACUACUGGUUUACUCAAAAGCCUUACAAUAGCUUAUAGAGGUAAUUUAAUCUGUCCCUUUUUUCCCCCAUUCCUUCUUUUUUAGCAUAGCAUACAGGCCGUAUAGCAUAGCCAUGCAGUGUUCAUGGCCACCGUAUUGUACAUAAUAACACAUGAAUACAAAAAACCCC